CACACACACACACAACACACCCGGCGUGAAUCUCGGCAGCAGUGCUCGCGGUAUAAUAUGAGGUGUCUGUGUGUGUUGGUCAGGCUGCAGUGAACGCGUGUGGGCCGUAAUGAGCGGGAAAAGCCUCUUGCUGAAGGUCAUUCUCCUGGGGGACGGCGGUGUGGGCAAGAGCUCCCUCAUGAACCGAUACGUGACGGACCGCUUCGACUCGCAGUCCUUCCACACCAUCGGCGUGGAGUUCCUCAACCGCGACCUGGAGAUGGACGGGCGGCUGGUCACCCUGCAGAUCUGGGACACGGCGGGCCAGGAGCGCUUCAAGAGCCUGCGCACGCCCUUCUACCGCGGCGCGGACUGCUGCCUGCUCACCUUCGCCGUGGACGACCUGCAGAGCUUCCAGAACCUGGGCUGCUGGAAGAAGGAGUUCAUGUAUUACUCAGACGUACGAGACCCCGAGCGCUUCCCCUUCGUGGUGCUGGGAAACAAGGUGGACAAGGAGGAGCGGGAGGUGGGCGAGGAUGAGGCCCGGGCCUGGUGUGAGGAGAACGGCUGCUGUCCGUACUUCGAGACCAGCGCCAAGGACGACACGAACGUGGGGGCCGCUUUCGAGGCUGCUGUCCGGGGCGUCCUAGCCAGCGAGGACCCCACUGACCACACCCUGCUGAGCAGCUCCAUCGACCUCCACGGGAACCGAAAAGUGGCUCGAUCGUCCUGCUGUUGAGAUGCCUCUGAGAGCAUCACAGCUGUGGAAUUCUCUCUCUGUCUCUGUCUCGGUGUCUCUCUCUCUCUCUCUCUCUCUCUCUCUCUGUGUGUAGGUACAGAAGCCAGACGUGUCUCGUCUGUUACCAAACAGUAAAGGUAUUUUACACAUAUUUACACACAAUGAAAGCAGAUCUAGCCUCCUUCAGUUGUAAAUGGACCAUCUUACUAAAGAGCUAUUUUGCUGUGGUACUCAUUUUUCAGAUAUUUCAAAAUACGGAGUCAGAUAUUGCAGAAAUUUGUUACUGGUAAUGUAAUAUUUAGUGCAUCCAGAAUAAAAGUGUAAUUGUUUACGCAAUAUAUGUGUAUGUAAAGUGUAUAUAUAAAUACACACAGUAUACUAUUAGAAAAUAUUUACAUGUAUAUACAUUUAUAUUCUCAUAAAUAUAUAAAUAUAUUUAAUUUAUACACAUAAUGUAAUUUUCUUAAAUAUAUCAUGCAUGUGUUUGUAUUUAUAUUUACAUAAUAAAUAUACACACUAUAUUAUGUAAAUGGGAACUUUUAUUUUGGAUGUGAUUCAUCGUUUGACAGCAUUAAUAAUGUUUGAGAGAAAGGGUACUGAAAGAAAUAACACAGUUGUCAUUUAUUUUGCAUUUAAGUUAUGAUUUUGGGUGAAAUAGGUCAGAGAACAUGUCGUCAGGUCAUAUUUCAGCUCGAAUUCAAAUAGAAAAUAAAAUUUUUAAAAAACAAUUAAACAUUUUAAAUAAAGAAAACAAAGCUUGUUUUUGACCGUGACAUUAUUUUCAGGGUAAUUAAACGCAUUUAAACACAAAUUGUUAUUCGAGUAAUGUGAGAAAAAACUCAUGAUGGUUAUUGUAAUAUUGAAACAACUAAGAAACGUCUUUCUCCUUUAUUUAAACUGUAAAUUAGCUUCAGUUUAAGCUGGUUUUAAUAAUUAUUAAAAAUAACUGAAGUUUGUUUAUUUUGGGUUGAAAUAUGACCAUGUCUUCACUAGAUUCACUGUAUUAUGGUACAUGCAGUAAAUGCAUUAAGCACAGCACUAUUUUCAGACAGAAAAGGGAAUUUUUCUAUUGUAGCAUUGAAAGAUUAAGAUUUUUUCCAUUAUUUUGUUCUUUUUUUGUGUACUGUAAGGUACAGGGAGUUACAGUAGAUGUGUUAGAUGUUAAACAAUGAUUUUGUUUCAGUUGUUAUAUCUGAGUUUCAUCCGUCUCAGCAAAUGGCUCAGGAAUCUGGCUUAGACAAAUGUACAGAUCAUUUUCUGAAAGCAUGUAAGAACAUUCAAAAAGCUCUGUCUACAUUUAAUGGACGUCCACAGCCGAUAACUGACUCCACGUUAGUCGUUUCCUCAUUUUCAGCCCAAUGUUGAUCUGAAACUACCUUUGACCCUGAUUCGAGGGCACUUGUAGGUACUUAUUUUACUUGUAUCUUUUAUAAAAUUGACUUAUUUCCUUGUGCUUUCCUUAGAAUAUGAAUGUUCUCGUUGCCUCUUCGAUCAUAGUGCUACAAGUCUCACAACGACUAGAGAGACCCAGAUCUGUGGUUUGGGCGGCUGAUGUUCUGAAACGCUUCUGUCUCUUACAUUAAUGCAUAACUUGUAGCCGUGUUUCUGUUUACAGACCUUCGCUUGCCUGCUGUCAGACAUGUAUGUUUGUUAUUCAUUGUGUGUAGUUGUUACUUUGUUUUUGUGGAUGGACACACUCACAUAUCUGCUGCACACACACGUUCCCAGCGAUUAUUGGUACACUGUGAAAUGGAAAUAGAUGCAACACUGUGUUUCUCGUCCUCAAACUGCUGAACACGCGGGAGCGUAUUGACUGCUCAUAUUGGAAAAUCAGUAUUUGUCUCUUUACUGAUAGUGUUUUCCAGCAAACAUUCGCUUGAAGAAAUGUUACACUAACAUCAGAUGAUGUGUUAAAUCACAACAGGAUGCAGAAGUGCUACACAGAUAUCUGAUUAAUCUAUCAAAAGGUCAACUUGAUAAGCAAUCUGAAGCUUUAUAAUAAGCAGGUGAUUCUCACAAAGAAGUGUCCAGGUCAUAUUUCACCUCGAGAUCAGAGGAAGUUAUAAAAUGAACUGUUGAAAUGAAAUGUUUUAUGACAAUUAAGCAAAAUUUCCCCUCAUAAUUCCCAUUACCCUGGUACAGUAAUGAGAAUUUAAACACAAAGUUUCAUUAUACAUGAAUACAGAAAAAAAGUUUUUUUUUCUUUCAUGGAAAUUUCACCUGGAUGUUUUUUUGUGAGAAUCACCCGAGCUGUUUCCGCUCGAGCCGGUGUUGUAGCAUUCCUGCCACAGUAUUUAUGAUGUUUCAGUUCACAGGAGUAUUGUAUUUCAUUAAAAAUAUCACAUUUCCAGUCAUAAUCACGGUAGAGAAUUGUGGGGGAUGACUCGUGUCUAAUUAAGGGCAUUACUGCAAUGAAUGUACUGACUUUGUCACUUGUUAUUUUUGAUUGAUUUGUAUGAGGUUGAUGCCCCACUGUUCAAUGCCGUAUUAUCCUGGGUAAGACUGUAUUUACCGACAUGCUAACAGACCAAAUGUGUGGUGUUUUGUUACUGUUUCACAUCAUCUCCAGUGCAAUAAGGAGGUCGAGGCUUCUUUUGUUCAUAAAUUUACUUUGAAAGAAUCCAACAUGAUGAAUAAACAAACUGCAACAGCAA